CUAAUCAGUUGACGUUUGUAUCUUUACAAUCCAACCUAUAAUUUUCAUAAUGUGAUUAACAAAGUUUUUUAACUAAUUUUGAGCUAAAUUUCGUAGCAACACAGAAAACUAUGUCGAGGUAGCAAAUAUAGUUUUUCUAAAUGUCCAAAAUGACUCCAGCUGUUGAACAAUGGUCGAUGUUUUCGGCCUCGCAAAACCUUCCUGCGGUUUUAAAUGAUCCUAAUAAAGGUAAACAAUCAAAUUUUUUUACUAGAACAUGGGGUGAUAACUUUGUAGAAUCUGCUAAUCCUGGAAAAAGCCCAUUUUUACCAGAAGUGGGGUAUGCCCACUUUGAAAGUUUUCUAAGAAAGUAUUCCCGAAGAUAUCGACGUCAUGUGAGAUUAUCUCAGAAUAAACUUGAUGUGAAAUCAAAGUCUAAAAAUGAUAGUUCCCAAAAUGACAAUGUUCUUAGUAAAAUACCUGGCUAUUUUUUUGACCAAACUUUUCCGCUGAAUAGUUCUGAAAUGUUUAACAAUGUAUUUGGAGAUAUUUGGAAGAACAAUAUUAACCCUAGCAAGGCAUCAGAAUAUGCACUUCAAGAAAAACUGAGUCAUUAUUUAGAUUAUGUUGAAGAACUAAUUGCAAAACAAGUUUCUCAAAAAUCAGAUGCAUUUUUUCAUGCAAUGACUUCACAUGAUACAAUUAUGGAAGAGAUGGGUUCUGCAUGUGAGCAGGUGCGUUUAUUGCGUUCUAAAAUUUACGGAAUUGAUAAAACUCUUGCAAGAGAUUCUUUGGGAAUGUUGGGACUUGUAAGAUCUCGAAAUAACUACAACUCCCUUUUGGAUAAAUUAAAGCUUAUGGCUACUGUUUUGCAAACUCAACCAACCUUACAGCUUUUGUUGAGUUCAUCAGAUUAUGUAGGAGCAUUAGAGUUGAUUGCAAGCACCCAGGAAGUUUUAUCAAAGGAACUAGCAGGGGUUACCUGUUUGCGACAUUUACCUUCCCAAUUAAAGGAAAUGUCUCGGCUAAUUGAUAAAAUGUUAUCUACAGAAUUUGAGAGAUAUGCAGCUGCUGACUUAAAUAGACCACUGGAUGAUGUAGCUGGGGUAUUGGAGUCAGAGAGACUAAUUAGUUUAACAGCAGGAUUGCUUCGUCAGAGUCAUCUGCAAUUUUUAGAAGUAUAUAAACAAGAAGCAAUUACAGCUGCCCAAGCUAUCGUCAAACAACUGGUAAUUGAACAGUUGGCUGAUGUUGAAGAUGAUGUAGAACAUUGUUUGACCGGGUCAGGUGAAGCUCCACCAUCACUAGACUCUUCACAGUGGUUAAAGGCAUUAAAUCUCAUCAGUAAUGCACUCAAUAAACUAAUAGGCAGAGUGAAAGCAGUUCAUGAUGUUAUCAAACAAACAACAGAUUCAUCUGCAGGACUAAAUGGUUCUGAAGAAGCAGUAACAAUUAAUGAUCGAUUUUUAACUAAGAAUGAACAUUCCCUUAUUAUAGCCAAAUUAAAAAAUUUACUUAUUUCUGUUUGUGAUUAUUGCAGUGAAAGACUUGCUUCCCUUGUCAGUACUCAUUCAGACAAGCAAACAAUAACUGCCUUUGAAAUUACUAAUUUAUCUACUGUAGUUGAAAAUUUUUCAAAUUUAUGUGAAUCUGUUUGUGGGAAAUCUAGUCAUGCUUUGAAAGCUGAAUUUAAAAAGCAGGCGGCUAGCUAUGUACAAAAAUUCCAUUCUCAACGAAAACAGAAGUUAAUGCUUAUCUUAGAUGCCGAGCGUUGGAAAGUUGCCGAUGUGCCUCCAGAAUUUCAAAUUUUAGUAGACAAUAUUAGUUCGGGAAGACCUUUACAAUCUCUGCCCAGUUCUCCUGAUAGAGAUACAAAUUCAAGUAUUGUCUCAGAAUACGGUACUGAAUGUACUAAAACGGCUAAUUCCUUAUUAAUUGGAACACAAGAAUAUGUAACCGUGGGUACAGUUCUAAUUCUCAUUCGACUCAUAGUAGAGUAUUGUGUUUGUGCAUAUGACUUACCCAUUUUAGCUACUGUGAUAGGAAGAAAUCUAGCAGAACUUUUAAGGACGUUUAAUUCUAGAUGCUGCCAAUUAGUGCUUGGUGCAGGUGCAAUAAAAACUGCCGGACUAAAUACCAUUACGAGCACUAAUUUGGCACUCACGUCUCGUGCUUUGCAGUUAGUUCUCUGGUUGAUACCUCAUAUUCGUGCACAAUUCAGUUCUCUCGUUCGCGAUUCCUUCAUUGCUUUGGAUGGGGUUGAGAAAGACAUUGGACAUCACAUACAACAACUGGAAUCAAAAAUUUUAUCGUUAAUGAACCAAUUAUUAAAUGAUCAAUUAAAUGAUUGGGAUGCCAAACCGCCAGUUCCCUCAAAAGCUUUUAGGAACGUAUCACGGCAUCUAAAUAAAUUACACGACGCAUUGAAGUCCGUUUUACCAGAAGAGCAGAUUGCUGACAUAUACGAAGUGAUUCAUAAGAAUUUCAAAGUGAGAUUAAGAGAGCAGCUUAUAAAAAUGAAUAUAGAGAACAAUGGUGGCCCCCAGCAUGGAGUUGUGACGUCUGAAAUUGUGUUUUAUACUGAAACACUGAAAUCGUUGAAAGUAUUACCCGAAAAAUAUAUAACGGAAAAAUCGAUGGAAGAAAUUUGGAUCAGAUAAUAUAUUGCUGAAGAUUUAGUUAUAGAUUAUGAAUAUGAAAUUGUAAUAUAUGAAAAAACUUGAGUGAUAUGAUAUUUACCAUAACUUGUAUAUGUUCAUGUCAUUAUUGUAAAUGAGAUUGCAUUUACUUCAAAAUCUAAUUUGUUGUAAUAUUACAUAAAAUAUUUAUACAAAGUAAACAACAAAGUCUGUGGUUGAAAUAUGCUUACAAUACACGUUGACGAAA